AUGGAACGAAGUCAUUUGAUUCUUCUCGGCUCUGCAUUUGCCGUCAGCUCCGCCUUGAUCUUACUGCUAUCUAAGAAGCGAAGAGAGAUCGUUUUCCGACGGCUACCCAUACGACGGAGAGUCUCAUCCAGCGCAGCAACACCACCUCGCUCACUCUCGCCCGAGAAGAAGCCAGUGACUGAAUCUGAUUACAGUGAUGUUUAUCCGCCAUCGAGACGAUUUACCCUCCGCACCGUAGCCCCGCACAUAGCUGAAAAGUCACCUAAGCCAGAUGGUGGCAUUUUCUCAGGCACAGACGAGAAAAAGCCACUGCAAGCACCGCUUGAUGUUCCCUUUGCCGACUGGGAUCCAAAGACCUACACUCCGACGGAGUUCUCAAAGGAGGAGAUUGAGGCUCUUGGGGACUUUCCGGACUAUGCUACCUUAAGUGGUGUGCCGUUACCCGAACCGUACAAAGAAUUCGUGAUUGAGAAAUCUCAGCCGAGACCGUACCGUCCGUUCAGAUGGGCAUAUCACCAGACAAUGUCAUUGACCAAGAUGGAACCAGACUGGUGGCUUGAACUUGAGUCAACGUAUGUUGAGCGCAUCAAGCAACGCCAGGAACUCUUCAGGAAGCACGGAAAGUCCGUGCUUGAUUCGCUUCCAGGUUCCGAACAUGCAUGCAAAGAGCUGAUGGAGAUGUGCAUUCAAUUUUUAUGUGCGCGAUAUCCUCAAUAUUUCUCCUUUGAUAAGGAGUCAAUGGUGCUCGACAAUAAGAUUCUGGGAACGAAGACUAACGUCAAAUCUAUGCCCCCUCUGGAGGUUCUUCUCAACAACGUUCCGGAGGACUUUGCCAUCAUGCUGCGGGAUCCCAAAACGGGGUUUUAUAGCUUCCGCGCUGGCAUGAUCUGCAGCUCGCUGGGCUGGAAUCUGGGCACUAAGAUGGGCAUGCGGUUGCACGAAAUCCAUGAGCCUAUUCCGGACUACAAAGAGAAGAUGCAAUUCUCGAUGGACAGGUAUUUCACAAAGAAGCCAACGGAUAAGUCCAUUCAGCGUGGAUCCUGGGGCCUUGAAGUCGACCAGCCAUUAUACAUGCCACCCGGUGACCCGCAUGAGCUGCACCGUGACUCGCAAAACCCGAACCUGAAAUUGGAGCAGUGCCACCUCCGCGUCGAUUGGCAAACACUGCGACGCCUGCCUCUCUCCGCCGGCGUGGUGUUCAAUUUCAAAGCUCUUUUCACACCUGUCACCGAAUUUAGGGACGAACCUUACAUUCCCGCGCUUGUCCUCAAGGUGCUUAAUGAAGGCAAGGAGAACUUGAUGAAGUACAAGAACACAUGGCACGUGGAGCACGUGGUUAAGCCGGCGCUUGCGCAGUGGGCUAAGGAGCAAGAGGAAAAAGGCGUCGUGCAGAAGGACUGGAAGGUGCAGACGCUAGAUGAGAGCCCUUUCUUCCCAGGUUGGGAAGAGAAGUGGCGGAGGCAGCAAGGGUUCUGA